AGGGAGCAGUGAGAGCUCGCAGGGACUGAGAGAGAGAGGAAGAAAGAAAGAGAUCCAUGCUUGCGUUUGCGGGUCCAUAAGAUAGUGUUUUCUUCAAAGAAGAAGUAUUUAUAUAGAUAUAUUUAUAUCGUGUAAUAUUUUCUACCUCAACCUUCAAGCGAGCUGAGUUUAGUUUGUUUUUUUUCUUUCAACGACGCGGUUUCCAUCUUCCUGUUUACACUAAAGCUCUGCUGCAGGGCCUUAACUUUUGCACACCUGGUGAAAGCUAUGACUGAGCUUUAAGUGUUAUUAAUACGUGAAGGAGAAACUCAUGCACUUCAGCACCUUUCCAGAGGCUUCUAUGAGCGACUCUAGCAGCUGAUGACCAAAGAGCCCCAUCCUCAAGCGAAACUAGCAGGACUGAUCUGGCCCCCUCGUCCUCUCCCAGCUCCCAUACCAUGUUCCAGAGGUUCACCAGCAUCCUGUUCGGGGAUGCCCUGGAGGAGGCCGGUGAAUGUCCUGCAGAUGUGGGCUUCAACAGAAAUGAAGACGAUGAGGACUGGAUCCUUGUCGAUUAUCUCGCUGAAGCUUGCUCCAGUGCGUGUGAGGACGAGUUGAUAAACGUCUGCUCGGAGAACAGAGAUGCUCCUGACUGCCCUGUGCGCUGCUCCUCCUGCUCCUCUCUGGACUCGGCGGCGGACACGGACUCCGAGGACCGAGGAUUCUUGCACAUGGAGGAAGAGUGCGGUCUGGAGGACGGCUGGUUUAUCACGCCACCGCCCUGCUUCACAGCUGGAGGAAGAGGUCCAGUGAUUCUGGAGACCAGUCCUCUGGAGAACCUGCUCAUCGAGCACCCCAGCAUGUCUGUCUAUGCUGUGCAUAGCUCACACCAACGCCAGCUGAAGGAAAACGCCUGUGAACCCAGCAUCCUCAGGUCUGAAGUUCAGUGCAGACCCAGUCACGGUACUGGCUACUAUGCAGCCGCUUUCAACGCCACACGUGCCAGCUUCCUGAAGCAGGCCAAAAAUGGGCGCCUGGCUCAGAGGAUUCGGGACAAUGUGCAGCGCCAGCAGCUGUCCCGUAACGCGCUGCGCCGCCUGAAUCUGCUCCGUGUUGGGGGAGCAAGGAAGGCCAAAGCUACCGCAGGUCAUGUCCACCAGCCCGGGCAGAGGCAGUACAACUACUGAGACCGUUGCCACUGUGCUCCCCCAAAUAAUUCUCUCUCUUUCUUCCCAGCUCUGUGCUAGAAGUUAGUCUUUCUUACAUAGACACAGUGGGAUCCUUCAGAUUCAAUAGCAUAGGUCACUUUACUCCAGUGCAGGUACCAAUCUGCUUGAGCGCCUGUCCAAAUCAGGAUCUGUUUAGCUCUGGUUCUACCUGGAGCUGACAACAACAACUUUUAUUUUAAUCGUCACAAACAGAGCCUCGUGUAGUGUGAAAGUCGUUUUUUUUUUUUUUUGUUGUCUUUUGCAUGUUGUAUUUCAGUGGACAUGCAGGAAUUGUAUCAUCCUGUGCCCACUUGCUUCAGAUAUAACAAUGUUCAUGGCAAUUUUAUUUUUUCAUCAGCUGUUUUUUGUUUCAGAGCAAAUUGAUGUGAUGUUCUAUUUCAGAAAAAUUCCUUUUGCUACAAUAUUUUAAGUCUUGUCACUAAAAGCCUUUAGUAGUACAUUUCCAAAUAUGUAAGAUAUAUUUAAAAACAAACCUUAUGGAAAAUAUUUUUAAAAAGGGGGGGGGAUCACAUAGUAUAUACCAGUAUGAAGUUGGAUGAGGUUGUGUUAUCUGCAGUGUAUGCUAGGGUGUGUACAGCUUUUUUUUUUUUUUUUUAAUGGUAGCAGGAAUUUUCGUAUUGCAUUGUAGUGCAGAAAAACAGUCGAGCGUUCUCUUGUUGGUUUGCUUUGAAUCUGCCAUACAUGUCUCAGGGUCACAAGACGGUCACUUGUGCGCUAUUAAAAUGCAGAUUACUUGACGAUUGUUAAUUGUAUUUGUACAUACUGAAGAACUUCUUAAAUUUGUCAUUGUGUACAUUGCCUUCUUAACAUUUGUAAUUAAUUACUUUUAACGAAGCUGAAUGAAAGCAAAAGGCUUGCUCUAGGACUGCAAAGACGAAGUCUUUCUCUUGACUGUUAAAACCUGCAAACAAUGAGUAAAACUGUUGGUCUUUUCCUGAAAUGUCUUUACAUAAUUCUUUUCUUUCCCUCCCUGUAAUAGGCUUUGAUGCUGUAUGACUUGUUUUAUUAGUUAUGUAGGAUGUAUUUGCGGAGGUAAAUAUUUAAACCUGACAUAGCAACAAUCUUAUUCUUUGGUAGUAUGGGUGGGUUUUUUUUUUUUGGUGUGUUUUUUGAUCAGUUAUUUUGUCUGUAUGUUCAAUUACCUGUCUGAAAUAACACAAAAUAGUGUCGAGACAUGCUAAAUGUUUUGUGUGGAUGAACUAGUCUGGUCGAAAUGAAGUGCAGGCUCAAUUCGUUGCAAUCACAACUGGUGUUCACAAAAAUAUUCACUGUACUUGGGUGAGCAAACUGAAUAACACCUAAGAUGAUCUAGCCCUGGGCACAGGAAUAUGACGUGUUAUUUUGCUUAUUUCAUUUAGAAUUGUUUUCUAUGGUGUUUAGGGAUUUAUUUUUUCUUUUUUAAAUAGUUGCAGUUAUCGGGAUUUUUAGUAAAUGUUACAGCUUUGUCCACUUUGCAUGAUUGUGUUUGGAGGAGCAGCAUUUCUUUUUGUCUUCAGCAAUCUAACUCUUGAUAAUAACAGGGAUUUUAUUUUGCCUUGAAAGCUGUUAAGGAUCUCGUGCCUUCCAGGUUAACAGUGUAAUAAUGCAUUAGUGGAGAACUUGAAUUCUGUCCAAAGGGACUUUAACUCACUAUGCACAGGGGGGUAAAAUUGUCUCUGUGAGCCGCUCACUCUGUCCCUGUUUUUCCAUAAAAAUGUAGCAAAAGGUUCUCUUUGUGUUUUUGUGUAGAUUAGUAAUAAUGUACCCUUGGUCGUUAGGUGUCGGAGAAUUAUUUUGCUUUUCGGUUUACUGGAAUAAAAUAGCACAUUUGCCAAAAGAGUAGAAUUAAGUAUUAUACUGUUUUAUUUUUCCCUUUCUUAUACUGUGGAUUCAUAUUUAAGUGUACACCAUAUUUUGUUUGUAACUAGCACAAUUUACUGUUGUAAAGCCUCUUGUCAUAAUUUCUGCUUGUUUAUUUUUCAAUAAAUGCUUUUUUUUUUUAAUGAA